AUGGGCCUGAUUUCAGACCUCCCAGCUACAGUGACUGCGAUCAAGAAUCCGAGUUCAAAGAUUGUAUAUGACGAGCACAACCACGAACGUUAUCCGCCGGGCGAUCCCAGCAAACGUGCAUUUGCUUACUUUGUUUUGACUGGAGGCAGUAAAGAUGUCCUCGCUCUUGCUUCCCUUGAGGUAGACCUAUCUAGCAUUGAACCCGGGACAACUGUCACUGUUAAGUGGCGUGGAAAGCCAGUUUUCAUUAGGCAUCGCACUGAAGAGGACAUCAAGUUGGCCAACAGCGUGGAUGUUGCCUCCCUUCGUGACCCACAAGAUGAUUCUGCAAGGGUCAAGAAUCCUGAAUGGCUCGUGGUGGUUGGGGUGUGCACUCAUCUGAGGUGCAUCCCAUUGCCAAAUGCUGGUGACUUCGGUGGUUGGUUUUGCCCGUGCCAUGGGUCCCAUUAUGACAUCUCUGACCUCCCAGCUACAGUGACUGCGAUCAAGAAUCCGAGUUCAAAGAUUGUAUAUGACGAGCACAACCACGAACGUUAUCCGCCGGGCGAUCCCAGCAAACGUGCAUUUGCUUACUUUGUUUUGACUGGAGGCAGUAAAGAUGUCCUCGCUCUUGCUUCCCUUGAGGUAGACCUAUCUAGCAUUGAACCCGGGACAACUGUCACUGUUAAGUGGCGUGGAAAGCCAGUUUUCAUUAGGCAUCGCACUGAAGAGGACAUCAAGUUGGCCAACAGCGUGGAUGUUGCCUCCCUUCGUGACCCACAAGAUGAUUCUGCAAGGGUCAAGAAUCCUGAAUGGCUCGUGGUGGUUGGGGUGUGCACUCAUCUGAGGUGCAUCCCAUUGCCAAAUGCUGGUGACUUCGGUGGUUGGUUUUGCCCGUGCCAUGGGUCCCAUUAUGACAUCUCUGGUAGGAUUCGCAAAGGGCCAGCACCUUUCAAUCUGGAAGUGCCAACUUACACCUUGGACGAAGAAAGUUAUUGGUUGGAUGAGAAUUUAAUUUAUUAUGGACAUAAUACACCCGAGCCUGGGGAAGCCAGAUUGAAGAGGACCUUUUCUUAUAUAUAUAUAUAUAAAAUUGAGGAAAAUCAGAAGAAACUGAGCACACAAUCGUUAGAAAAUGAUGCUAAUGGUGCUGCUGCUUUUAUUAUCAGAUCUGAAAAUGCAAGGCAAGUGAUGAACUCUUUCAGAAACUCAAACACAGAUGGUCGUACCUUAUCAAUCUCUUCCUCCUUUAUCGAUCACAUCAGAGGGUUUUCUACUGGUACCCUUGCACCAGGACAUGAGAUUGGCCAGAUUUCAGACCUCCCAGCUACAGUGACUGCGAUCAAGAAUCCGAGUUCAAAGAUUGUAUAUGACGAGCACAACCACGAACGUUAUCCGCCGGGCGAUCCCAGCAAACGUGCAUUUGCUUACUUUGUUUUGACUGGAGGCAGGUUUGUCGAUGCCUCAUUGGCCCGUCUCCUGGUACUUAAAUUUGUUUUGAGCAUGUCUGCCAGUAAAGAUGUCCUCGCUCUUGCUUCCCUUGAGGUAGACCUAUCUAGCAUUGAACCCGGGACAACUGUCACUGUUAAGUGGCGUGGAAAGGCAGUUUUCAUUAGGCAUCGCACUGAAGAGGACAUCAAGUUGGCCAACAGCGUGGAUGUUGCCUCCCUUCGUGACCCACAAGAUGAUUCUGCAAGGGUCAAGAAUCCUGAAUGGCUUGUGGUGGUUGGGGUGUGCACUCAUCUGGGGUGCAUCCCAUUGCCAAAUGCUGGUGACUUCGGUGGUUGGUUUUGCCCGUGCAAUCUCUGGUAG